AUGUUGCUGUCAAAGCUGAAAGCGCAUUUGCUCUGCUGGGGUGUGCGGGUCGUUGCCGCAAACCUGAUUGAAGCGGGCAUGCAUGUCGACAAAGACGGGAAUUUGUACAUCAACAGUUCGCAUAGCUCCGACGGUCAGUCCGCGCGAGUUUUCUUCAACGGCCAGGAGGUGGGCCCGCACUCGGAGGCGCUGAUUACGCUGCAAAGCAACGCGGAACGCUUGAGCACGCUGGCCUCGCGAAUGCGACGGGCGUCCAUCUACGGGCAUGGCAACCAUUUGAUGGCGGUGGCAGGACAUACCACCGGGAGCUUUCGCCUCAACUCGACGCGGAUUUUUGACGGCCAAGGCUGGCAAGCGGCUCCCGCAAUGCCGGAUGCUCGUACCGAUGCUUGCGUUGCGGUACAUGCCGGUGAAGUGUACGUGGCGGGGGGCCGCUUUGGGGGCAUCAUGAACGACGUGCAGUCCUUUAAUGGCCUGUCAUGGGUCACCCGCCCAGCGCUGCCCGAUCCACGGCAUAAGGCAGCCUGCGUCUUUUUCCGAGGCGAGUUGGUUCUCACGGGUGGUUCUGAUGGUGCCACGCGGGCCCAUGUUUUUGCUCUCCGCAAUGGUGCUUGGGCUACAUUGCCAGCAAUGCCGCUAGCUCGCAGUGACCAUGCUGCGGUCGUGUAUCAAGAUGAACUCCAUGUGCUGGCUGGCACGACAUCGAGCACAACGUCGGUCAUCACUUCGGUGGUCAUAUUCAACGGCACCACAUGGCGUCAGGGGCGCUCGACAAUAUGGCCCCGCCGAGCCGUGGCGGCUGCCGUCUUCAACAAUCGCAUCUACCUGGGAGGUGGUGCCGUCAGCGGGUCUGUGGUUCGUCAUGACAUGGCCUACUUUAACGGGACCACCUGGUCCGUCAGCGCAGCAUGGCCUCAGGCGCUGGCCUCGGCGGGCAUGGUUCAGUUCCAGGGCCAGCUGUGGCUGCUGGGUGGUACCAAUUUCACGCACGUAUCGGCUCGGACGUACGUGCUCUCUCCUGAUCAAACCACCUGGAUCCCCAGUGUUGAUUUGCCCGAGCCUCGCUGUGCUGCCGGCUUUCUGGUCUAUUAA